AUGGCACCGCCGGAGGAAACUUCGGAGAGUGCCCUGACCACCGAUCAGUGGACCCAGCUAUAUGCUUACCAGCUUGAGUAUGGUGUCCGUAUGGUCCAAUACGAUGUCUACCCAGGUCCCAAAUUUGGUGCAUCCGCUAUCGGCGGAUGCUGUGACAGCGGAGUUGAGCAACUUGUCUCAUUCACUGAUAUCAGUGAUUUCCCCACAUCUGGCUUGAAGACCGGUGCAGGUGUCAGCACCAGUGGUCUGUGGCACUACCCCGCGACUAUCAGCAACACCACCUCUACCAAGCAAAUUGCCUCGUUUGCCCCCACCACAGGCUUCACCACUGAGAGUGUCGCUGGUGUGAUUAACGACUUCGAUGGUCGUCAGCAGAUGGCCUUCUUCAUCGGUUUCGACACUACUUGGAGUUCUACAUCCAGCUACCUGCAGCACGCAUGGAUCACCUGGAUCACCCGCGGUCUGUACGCCGGACACCGCCGCGUCAACCUGAACACUCAGAUCGAUGACAUGUUCCUCGAGACUGAAAUUUACUCGCCCGCCGGUAAAAACUUCCGCAUUCGCGCCCAGGAUUUGAGCAAAAUUGCCAGCUGGACCGAUGAGAUCAACGCCAAGAUGCCCGCUGGCAGUUCUUACUUCGUCGAAAUUGGCCACAACGGUAAUGGAAACAUCGAGAACUCUUCUGAUACCUCCGAUUCCGGCUGGGAUGCUUGCGGAGCUGCUAUCGAAUAUGAAUCGCCUGCUGACACUCCUCUCGAGUGGAUGAAACCUCUCGGAACUGGCACUGACUUGUGGCCUGCUGUCCCCACUACCUACGACUGGACUGCUACUUGCACUGCCAUGGAUGAGCUCCUAGCCUGGUGGACCACCGAAAGCAACCUCAACAAGUUCGGUCACAUUUCCCACACCUUCACCCACGAGGAACAAGACAAUGCCACCUACAGCGAUGUGUACAAGGAGAUCAGCUUCAACCAGGCUUGGCUUGCGGCCGUCGGUAUCGACAAGGCCACCAAGUUCACUUCCAACGGUAUCAUUCCUCCUGCCAUCACUGGCCUGCACAACGGCGAUGCCCUUCGAGCCUGGUGGGAGAACGGCAUCACCAACUGUGUUGGUGACAACACCCGCCCUGCCCUUCUGAACAAGGAGAAUAACAUGUGGCCUCUCUUCACAACUGUUGCCGCCAACGGUUUCGAUGGAAUGCAGGUCAACCCUCGAUGGGCCUCUCGCAUCUACUAUAACUGCGACACCCCUGCCUGUACCGUUGCAGAAUGGAUCGCCACCUCUGCUGGUUCCGGCACCUUCCAGGACCUCCUCGCCAUUGAGAAGGGUGAGACCAUGCGUCACCUCUUUGGUCUCUUCCACGAUGGUUACAUGUUCCACCAGGCCAACCUGCGGAACAUUGAUGUUGACCCGAUCACCAUCAACGGUGUGUCUGAGAAGUACUCCAUUAUGCAAGCUUGGGUGGAAACCCAGGUUCAGGAGUUUGUCCGCCUGGCUGAAUGGCCCAUCAUCACACUCACUCACCAGGAGAUGUCCGCUUCCUUCCUUGCCCGUUACAACCGUGACAAGUGUGGCUACUCCCUGAGCUACGCCACCAGCAACAAGAAGAUCACUGCCGUCACUGUGUCUGCCACCGGCAAUACCUGCACUGACCCCAUCCCGGUGACCUUCCCUGUUGCCCCUACCAGCACCCAGGGCUUCUCUACCGAGAAGCUCGGUGCUGACCCCCUGACUGUCUGGGUCAAGCUCUCUGGCUCCCCUGUCACUUUCACUCUUUCCACCCCCAUUUCCCUUUGA